AUGCCCCCUAAGCAUAUAAAAUAUGAUAAUUCUCAUAAUUCUUAUUGUGACCAAAUAUGUACUCCUUAUAUAGAUAAUUAUGUACAUAGAACUAUUAAUUCUUCAGAUUUAAUUUUUGCAGGACUUAAAGUUAUAGGUCAGAAUUUUAUUGUAGUAGAUAGGAUUGCAAAAA